UCGGAGUUACACACAUUCAAUAUGAGCGCUAAAACUGCGAGCAACUUGUACUCGUUCCAGGAUUACAGAGCGGUGCCCGAUCAGAUUCACGAGCUGCGUCCCGAAUGCGUAGCUCCGCGUCCGGCGCCCAUAGUAAUCGACAACGGCUCUUUCCAGACGCGGGCCGGCUGGGCGUCCGGGGCCGCCGGCGACGUCCGCGCGCCGCUCCUGCAGUUCAAGUCGGUGGCGGCGCGCAGUCGCGGGGCGGCGCGCGGCGACACGCAGAUCGGCAACGACAUCGCGAACGUGGAGCCGCUGCGGUGGCUCCUCAAGAGUCAGUUCGACCGCAACGUGGUGGUCAACUUCGACAUCCAGGAGCUCAUGUUCGACUAUGUGUUCAUGCACCUCGGAAUCGGCACCGAGGGGAGAGUGGAACACCCCGUGGUGCUCACCGAGGCCCCGUGCAACCCGCUGCACUGCCGCCAGAUGAUGUCCGAGCUGCUCUUUGAGUGCUAUGGCGUACCGCACGUGUCCUACGGCGUGGACGCUCUCUUCAGCUUCUACUACAACAACACCCGCCGGGGCCUCCCGUCUCCGAGCACCGGGCUCGUCGUCUCCUCUGGAUACCACUGCUCUCACAUAGUGCCAGUCAUAAAUGGAAGGAUAGAUGCGGCAAACUGCAAGCGCGUCAACAUUGGCGGGAGCCACGCCGCCUCGUACCUGCAGCGCCUCCUGCAGCUGAAGUACCCUGGUCACGCGGCGGCGGUGACGCUGAGCCGAAUGGAGGAGCUCCUGCACGAGCACAGCUACGUUGCUGUCGACUACCAGCAAGAGCUGGAGAAGUGGCGCAGCGUGGAGUUCUACGAGCAGGAGGUCCACCGCAUGCAGCUGCCCUUCUCCGCCAAGGUGCUCGCUGGCCCCCUCAGCGCCGAAGAGCGGCAGGAGCGCCGCGCCCAGCAGCUGCGUCGACUGCAGGAGAUGAACGCCCGGCGGCGUGAGGAGAAACUGCAGCAGGACCAGGAGAGGCUGGACAGGCUGCUGGCAGUACAGGAGCUCCUGGAGGAGGGGCUGUUUGAGCAGUUCCACAAGAGCCUGGUGGAGCUGAACAUGGACUCGGCGGAGGAGCUGCAGUCUUACAUCUGCAAGCUGAGCUUGGCCGUGGAGCAAGGUCGGCAACGCAUCUUGCAGAGCGAGAUGUCAGAGCUGGAGCAGCCCCUCGAUGAGGCUGACAACAGCGCAGAGAUUGAUCCGGAUUUCGGCGAGGACACGGACGGGGAGAAACCAGCCACCUUAGCGCAGCCCACCUUCAACAUGGCCGAGUACCACCAGCUCUACGUCGGCACGGAGAGGCUGCGCGUCCCUGAGAUCAUCUUCCAGCCGUCGCUGACCGGGGACGAGCAGAUGGGGAUUAUGGAGACGCUGCAGUAUGUGCUGGACAGGUACGGCCCGGAGCAACAGGAAGCGCUGGUGCGCAAUGUUUUCCUCACCGGAGGGAACAUGUUGUACCCGGGAAUGAAGGAGCGGGCGGAGAGGGAACUGCUGGCUAUGAGGCCCUUCCAGUCCCACUUCCAGAUUUGCCGAUGUGAUGGUUUGUCGGGUGCCUCCCAGGUGGAGAUGGCGUCUCGGCCCGCUCUGGAUGCCUGGCGUGGAGCGUGCGAGUGGGCCUUGCGGAACUCCCCCGGCGCCUCGGGCUGGAUCAGCCGGCAAGACUACGAAGAGAAGGGGGGCGAGUACCUGAGCGAGCACUGCGCUUCAAACGUCUACCUGCCCAUGAGGAUUGCGAAACCUCCCCCGAAGGGACCCGAAGCUCCCGCGGCCGCCGGUUCGGUCCCGACGGGCACGGACGCCACGGCAGUCCCGGUCCCGGCUCCGACCUGACGUCACUCGAGCCGGGUGCGGAUAGGACUGCUCCGCACCGCUCCUUUGCAUUCCUCCUCUCCCCGUUUUUUACCGCGUUCCUUGACAAGACUUGGCCGCAACUGCAAACGUGCACAAACGAUCUGCGUCUGCGUGUCGGCAGCUUGCCUUGUAUAGCCCACUGUAAAUA